GAAUCUCUUUUUCUCUUUCACUUAUUUCCUCUUUCAUCUACUUAUACAUGCUUAUUUUCUUCACUCAAAUGGCACUGACCCUUCUUCAUUGUUCCUUUACUUAUGACAUAACCUUUUUUCAAAUUUCAAGAUUCAAUCAAGAAACCCCAUUUCUCACUGCUUAAACAAACCCCAUAUAGUUUUUUUCACAAUUCUUGCACCCUAGAAAACUUCAGGGUUGAAAGUAAAAAAGAUAUGGAAGUUGGAAGGGUUAUUAAUGAAAGUUCUAAUACUGUUUUGGUUCCAAGUGAAAAACUUUCUCAUUGUCUCUGGAUGUCCAAUUCUUCCCCCUCUUUUCAUGGUUCUGCAUCAAUGGUUAAUUUCGAAGAUGUUGGUCGAGGAGAAGUCACUAAAGAGAGGCCAUUUUUUCCAGCAAUUGACAAAGAAGAAACUAGCAAUGAUGAUUAUGAUAGUUGUUAUCAUCAGCCAGAAAAGAAGAGAAGACUUUUGCCUAAUCAAGUGCAGUUUCUUGAGAAGAGUUUUGAGGUAGACAACAAGCUUGAACCAGAGAGGAAAGUUCAAUUGGCUAAUGAACUUGGCUUGCAGCCUAGGCAAAUUGCUAUUUGGUUUCAAAAUAGGCGUGCUCGAUACAAGACUAAAGUACUUGAGAAGGACUAUGAUGUUUUGAAAGCUAGCUUUGAUAAACUUAAAGCUGAUUAUGACACCCUUUUCAAAGAGAAUGAGGAUUUGAGAAAUGAGGUCCAUUUGCUUACACAAAAAUUGCAUAGGAAGGAGAAAGGGAAGGAAAACUCAGAACAAAGUGUACCAAUUAGUCCAAUAGAUACACAAGAGGCUCAAAAGACAACAACUCCAAUAGUUGUUACCUCAGAUGUACCAAGUAUGCCAAAGUUAAUGUGCAAACAAGAAGAUGCAACUUCAGCAAAAAGUGAUGUUAUUGAUUCAGAUAGCCCACAUUAUACAGAUGGGAAUCAUUCAUCAAAUGUAUUUGAACAAGAGCCAUCUGAUUUUUCUCAAGAUGAAGAUGACAAUCUAAGCAAGAGCUUUUUAUGUUUCCCAGAAAUUGGAGAUCAAAUUCAAGCUAAUUCAUGCAAUUUGAGUUUCCAAAUUGAAGAUCAGCCUUGUUGGUUCUGGCAAUAUUGAGUUAUUAGGUUUCAAGAUUGGCUCAAUCCUACUUUAGCGUUCCAAAGCAAUCAGUAUAAUUUCACAAAUGGAGUCUGAAGACAAUUGUGUGUACACAUGCACGUACACAGUCUUAUCUCUAUCUUGUGGUACAUGUAGAGAGACUAUUUCCGAUAGACCCUCGUACGAAUUUAGAGGUCCAAGGCAUUUGCUAAAUUUCUUUGAACAAUAAUAUGUUGUACAUAGGAUUACUAAGUACUACUAGUUUGACUAUAUGAGGUGUCUCUUUGACUCUUU